UCUUAACAGAACCCAUUACUUCACCCACAAGAGCGCACUUGCUCUCUCUCUCUUUGUGAUACAUACAUAUUUAUAUAUGUGUGUGUGAGUCUAUAGAUAGACAGAAAGUAGUUUUAAGGUGGUUGUGUUCUUUCUGUUGAUGGAUGUGAAGGGAACAACAAAGAGUGGUUUUUUGGAUUUAGAGAAAGGAACAGCAAGUGAAAGUAGUGAACUUUGUACGGAUCAUACUGAGAUGUCUCAUCAAUACUUGCAUCAAGAAACCCAGUUUUUAACAUGCGAUGAGAGUACUAUUUGUGGUGGUAGUGGUGGUGAUAUAUACGAUGUUGUUGGUGCUGGUUCUACUCCUCCUUCAAGGACUGUGAACCCUUUUAGCAGUUCUUCAGGAGAAAUGGCAGCAGCAGAGUCUGUGAAUGUGAGAGGAGCCCCUUUCACAGAAGCUCAGUGGCAAGAGCUUGAGAGACAGACCAUAAUUUACAAGUACUUGAUGGCCUCUGUUCCUGUACCUUCAGAGCUCCUAAUCCCCAUCAUCACAAAGACUACCACUUCAUCAUCAAGUGUUCCUCCAAGCUCCAUCUCUACAAGCAUUUCAACAAACACCAACAAGGCGGAUCCAGAGCCAUGGAGGUGCAAGAGGACAGAUGGCAAGAAAUGGAGGUGCUCGAGAGACGUGGCUCCUGAUCAGAAAUACUGCGAACGGCACUCUCACAAGACUCGUCCUCGUUCAAGAAAGCCUGUGGAAUUGAAUGCGGACGAAUAUUCCACAAAAAGGAUAAAUUUUUCUCACCAUCAUAAUUACAAUAACAUGGUCUCUGCUACACAAUAUGACCAACCCAGGGGCUUGGAGUGGUUAAUGAGAGGGGAGAGUAUUAGUACUCAAGAAUGGCAACAAAUGGGUGAUAAUAGUAUUGGGUUUAACAAAUUUGCUCCUUUGGAGGCAGCUUUGAAUGCAAACCAGGCAGUAGAGACGCAGACAAGAGAGACAAGGCAUUUCAUUGAUGAAAUUGAUCACAAAAAUAGCGGUGGUUAUGGAGCUGAAACUGAAAGGUUUUCAAUGAAUAGUAGCAGUAGUGGUGGUCUAUGGAUGGGUGGUUCUGCUCCUGGUGGACCAUUAGCGGAGGCCUUGUGCCUUGGCAUUGCGAGUAGCAGCAGCAACAACAGCAAGUGUUCUAGUAGUGGAGAUGGUGAUCAAUUAGGAAGCAAUUCCAUUAACUAAAAUAUGUGUAUACACACAGAAAUUUCUUAUGCGCACUCAAAAUGCGGAUUACUUUUUAAGAUGACAAAUGGAGUUGUUUUGGAUCCCACUUGUUCCAAAUCAACGGUGAAAACAUAGGUGCGCAUAUGAGAAUUUCUGUCUGUAUAUAUAUAUAUUUUGAGCUUUGACACAAGAAAGCAGUGGCUCUUGAAACAAGCUUUCUUCUUUUCCUUUGAUUUUGUCGAAUUUUUUUGUUCUUGUUUGUGCUUUAAGGUGAAGGUAUGUUUUACUGUGCCCAUGGAUAAACUAACAGUUACA